AUGUCUUCAGUUAUACAGGAUCAAUUUUCAACAGGUAUAUGUGCUUCGGAGAAUGAAACCAAUUCUGAAGUGGAUAACACACUAACUGGGGGAAUCCAUUCAGAUUACCAACCACCAUAUUUCCCUCCACCUUAUUAUCCACCUAUUACUACACCAAUGAUGAUGAUCGAUACUACUGCUACUAAUUUAGGCGCAAAUCCAUAUUAUAACAGGAGUUUCUAUCAAACAAAUUUAUGUCAAAAUCCAUCUGGAUUGAAUCAGCAUUUACAGCUACAAAAUCCUCCUCAGCAGCACCAACAACAGCAGCAAGUACAACAACAACAGCAGAGAAUGCAUACAAAUGCAUCGAAUUUUCCAUUUUGUUCAUAUUUCACUACAAAUCCCAAUUAUUAUUCAUCCAUAAAUAAUAUGAAUGGAUCUAUGCUGUCGGGAGAACAUUUAACAGAUGUUAGUAGUACAGCUAGUAUGUUCGCCAGCUAUCCAUUUCAUUAUUCAUUACAAACCGGCAUACAAGCAGGUGGUACAACUGCAGACCAGAUGUUGAACACUCUUCCAAAUUCUAAAAUAUCUGAAAUGGUUGGUCAUUUGACACAAAGUAACAUUAAAAGCAGUAAUUCCAAGUCAGAGAGUUUAAAAAUUUCCAAUGAAAGAGUUGAAAUGGAAAAUUCAGCUAUCAGUUCUCAGUCCUUGUUUAUUCAUCGCCCAGAUAUUCAUCACCGUUCUCUUAUACCCAGAUAUGAUUUACCAGAGAAGAAUUUUAGGCAAUCAGAGGAUACAGGGGAUUCAAACUAUCAACAGAGUGGAACUCCUUCUUCCAUCGACACUACAGGAUCGUCACCACAUAAUUCGUCACAGUUUUUAUCACCUGGAUCGAACAAAGGAACUUUUGAAAUCGGACAAGAAGUAAGUAGGUCACAGAUGAAUCCAUCUUCAACUGAUACAAGCGGAAAUCCUUAUUCGUCCCCAAGUCAUCGUGGCACAACCAGUGAAUUAAAUUCAAACGAAAGAGUACUAGAAUGUACUUUAAGAGGUAGUGGAGAUGAGAAAUAUAUUUUAAGACCAUCAAGUUAUCCUGACGUAAAUUCCUUGAAAAAUGCAUUUGACUUUGGAUUUUCUUCAGAAAUCCAAGGCUUAACAGGUGGUCUAUCAAAUGAUCCCACAACAGCCAUGCUUCAAACGAAUCUGCCUUACAAUAUAGAUCAAUCUAGUUCGUAUAUAUCACAUUCUCAAGCUAAAAGAUUUCAAACUAGUUUUCCUUCUGGAUGCACACAAAAUCUAACUUUUCAACAAAAUGCUUCCACAACACCUGAACAAACUUUCAGUCGUUUAGCUGGAGGAGUGAAUGGAAAAAGCGGAUUCUGUAAACGAGGUAUUCGUUACAAAACAGCUUUGGAGGGUCGAACAGAAUUUGUAAAUGGACCAAGUCCAUCAGAUAUAUUUUGCACUGUUCCUGGGCGUUUAUCACUACUAAGUUCCACUUCAAAAUACAAAGUAACCGUUGCUGAAGUUCAGAGGCGUUUAUCACCACCUGAAUGCUUAAAUGCUUCGUUACUUGGAGGAGUUUUGCGCAGAGCCAAAUCUAAAAAUGGAGGAAGAUCAUUAAGGGAUAAAUUGGACAAGAUUGGAUUAAAUUUACCAGCUGGACGACGGAAGGCAGCAACAGUCACAUUACUAACUUCCCUUGUUGAAGGUGAAGCUAUCCGAAUGGCCCGCGAUUUCAGUUAUCUGUGUGAAAAUGAGUUUCCUCAUCGAGUAUGCGCUGAAUAUCUUUCACGCAAUCUGAAUGGAUGCGAUUCUAGUGAUGUACAAAAGAGACGUAACCAAGUAAUCUCUACAAAACAAUUGUUGGGUGAAAUCACGGAUUUAUUAACGAAAGACAGAAGUCCACUUGCAAUGAAUCCCCUACCACCUAAUCGAUCUGCUAGCUGCCUUGAUGUUUCUACUCAAAGAUCCCUUACACAUUUCAGUCACAUUACACACGGAUUUGGUGGUUUAACACUUAUCAGUGCUUUGAAUACUUUUCAGACAAUCCUAUCAGAUCUUCUCAAACUUUUAAAUAAAGACACACAAUCUGUUAAUCAUCCAACAAAUAGUUCAGCUACAUAUGCAGACAAACAUACACCAGUAACGUCAACUAUGUGUCAUCAGCAUCAAUUGCAGCAAUUUUCAAACAUGAAUAUCCCGACCACUUUAAAUGAAAGCCAUACAAUAUCAUCUCUGCCUUCAACAAUAAGUACAGAUUCACUGAAUAUCAACCAUGGACAACGCAGAAAAUAUCUUAUGCAUAACAGUGAGAAUAAUCCCUCAGAUAUUCGGAAUAUUAUAUCACUGCAAAGACAUAAUAUAGACAACGAAGUUGAAAAUGGAACUAUCUUAAAUGGAGUUAGAUGA